CCCGUGGUGCACCGCGGCGCCAAGAUGGCGGCGCCCAGCGAGGGCCGGCCGGGUCGUGGCGCCUCGCCGUUCCCGGGCACCGAGAGCGGCCCCUUCACUUUCCCCUUCACCGUCCCGCACGGUGCCGCGGGCUCCGGGGCGGAGGAGUCGUCCAAGAAGCCGUGCCGAGCCUGCACGGAUUUCAAGAGCUGGCUCCGCGAGCAGAGGAAGCAGGCGGCCCCGGGCGGUGGGGAGCCGGUGGUUGUGGAGGAGAAAGAGCCCCCGCCGGACUGUCCCCUCGACAGCGAGCAGCUGGGCCGCAACACCUGGGCGUUCCUGCACACCAUGGCAGCGUACUACCCCGACCACCCCACCGGUGCCCAGCAGAAGGAGAUGAGGGAGUUCAUCAACCUUUUCUCCAAGUUUUACCCCUGCGAGCACUGCGCUGAGGAUCUGAGGGAAAGAUUACGUACAAAUCAGCCUGAUACUAGCAACAGAAAUAACUUCUCCCAGUGGUUGUGUCUUCUUCAUAAUGAAGUGAACAGGAAACUGGGGAAAUCUGAAUUUGACUGCACUCGUGUGGAUGAACGCUGGCGAGAUGGUUGGAAAGAUGGUAGUUGUGAUUAAUCCAUAGAGACUGCUUUGGAAAUCUAACAGACCAAUUCAAUACGGUGUCAAGUCACUACAGGGAGAUGUGCGAGUAAAUAAUUGUGUGUUUGUGUGCUUGUGUGUGUGACUGAUAUGGAUUCUGGAAAUAAACCAGUUCUAAAAGUAAUUUUGAAAAUCUUAUCCUAAUAAUAUUUUGAUAAAUGGUUACAUAAAUAUAUUACCUGAGGGACUGAGGCCUUACAUUUGACACAGGACUUGCCAGAAACCUGUGAAAUUUAGCCACUGACAAACUUGUGGAGACUCGUCAUGACAUUUCUUUAUUUUAGGGUUAUUUGUCUGGGCUUAGAAUUUGUUUUCCCUGAACACAGUUGUAGAGGGCUGCCUUGUGGCAUUUUACGUUUAUCUGCAGGCAUUAUCCCGAUGUUUUAGAAAAUGCAUCUGAGUAAUGGUAAUUUUCAUUUCUGUUGUUCUGAUAGAGAAAACUCAUGCUAUGUUUUGUGCCAAGUCUGUACCCUCGGAUCUCUCUUUCUGAGAUCUCCAAUGCUUGUUGUUAAACAUCUGUCCAUUUCCUUUGAUAAAAGGCCUGAAGGCAGGUACAUUUAAUUUAAAUACUAAAACCACGGAGCCCAGAUUUCUCAUUUUAUAUUUGUGUUUCAACUUGCCGUGUAAGAGGACGUUGUAGAAAGGGAAACUAAAGCAGGACACAAAAAACAACCCUCAUCUGAUGAAUGGAAUGAAGUAUCAGCUGUGUGAAAUUCAAAUGUUUUAAAUUGAUUGCUAAUUUUCUUUGUAUCCAGAAAUGGUAUAAUGAUAAGUUCUACUGAACUACUUAUUCUUAAACCUCUUUUCCUCUGCUGUAAAAUUUUGUCUGCUCUGAAAAUAGCUUGAGACUGAUACCUGUUAUGAAGCAUAUUCAGCUUUGUUUAGCAUACAGUAUUUCUGAGAUGUCACUCUAGUUUUGAAAUCCUUGACUGAUAACUUGCUGACCUGGUUGAUUGCCUGAUCUGGUAUUAUCCCCUAGCUAAAAAUCUCUCUAGAACAAAAGGACUUUACAAGCCCCCUGCAGUAUUUGAGUCCUGCUUAAGACUGUGAUGUCAGCUUUACAUAGCAUUUAUUGCACAGGGGACUCAAAGGAGUCACUAGGGUAGAUUCCCUGUGUAAAAACUGGUCAGAAUCCAUGCUAUGUAUAUUUUUCCUAGGUAAGGUAUACCGCAUCAGUGUAUUCAUACAUAAAUGUGAAUUUCAGAUUCAAGUGAAAUAGCAGCAUAAGUGUUUUACACCACAAUGCAUAUAAACAUGUGUCUCUCUAAAAAGAGACAGCUUACAAAAAGAGGAGUCAAAAUAAUUUCAAGUUCUUAAAGUAGAUAGUGAUGUCAUGCCCUUAUUGCAUUUCUGGCUGUGAAAAGUUUGCAGGAGUUUGCACAACCCGUGACAAUAGUAGGCUUUUUCCUUCUGUAGUUCCUCCUGAGGUUUUCUUGCGUCUUUUAGUGAGCUUCCUUAUUUCAUGCACGACAGUAUAUUUGUAAAUUUACUCUUGCUGAUAGAGUGUUACCUGGAAAUGUGAAUGAUACUUUUACAAUAGUAUUAGAGCGAUGACAGCUCAUAUCUAAGAACUUUGAUCUUCAAACGUGUGUGCAUGGGGCUCCUUAGUGUUUAUAAAAGCAAUAAGAAUUUUGAAAAUACAUUUUAGUGUUUUAUGGCGUAUUCAAGUUCUUUCAAGUUGGACCUGUUAAAACACUAUGAGGCAAAUUUUAUGGACUAGUUGUUAUUGAAGGUUUUUUAUGUAAUAAUGUUUCUAAACACAAACCCAGCAAAACUGAUGACAGCGUACUUCGUGAAGUAUGCAGUCUGGCUUGUGACUUGAAGGUGUGAUUCAGGUUAUUAAAAGUGCUCAGAAAAUUUCCCUGUUAACGUGUUGAGGUUCCAGGCCUUGGUUUUUGUCUUUUUGGUAAUAAACUCAGUCCCCAAAACAAAGCACAUCAGUAUCCACUAGUGGGGAGUGGACCAACAAAAAGGCCAUAGCCCUCCCCUUUUGUCAGGCCUGAUUUGAAUUACUCAGUUCUGUCAGGAUAGUUUCAGCAGCUUUUUCUUCUGAACUUGGCAUUUUCUUCUGAACUUGCUUGUGCUACAGGAGGAGUUUACUGUUCUUCCUUUUCAAUCUGCCCUCGACUAUUCUCUGUGACAAUUCUAUUGCUCAUGGAGCAGAUGAUUUCUUCCUAAUUUGCUCCAGCGUAAAGGAGCAGGUUGGUAAAAAAACCUGUCUCAUCCUUUUUUGUCUUAAUACUGAAAAUGGGCUGGUUCAGUGAGUCGCACUUAACUUGUGCAAGCAUACUUGAUCUCCGCGGCCAAGUCCUGGGACCACUGCUGUCUCGUGCUGGCAUGAGGUUGGUGAUAGGCAGGUGCAUGGUAACCUUCCACCGUACCGCAGUGUCUGUCCACAUAUUGAGAGCAUAGAGAGGAAAAUAAACACGUAUCCUGCUCAAAAUCAGGGGGAGCAGCUGUGGCGACGGAAAUUUUUUGUCACCUUGUGUUGUUUCAAGGAAGUGGUAGGUAGAUAUGUGCAGAAGGAAAAGCCCUGUCUGCCAGCACGUACUGUUCUGUGGUCCUGGCAGCGGUGCAGGGGUAGGGGAAGAGCCUUAAAGCUGAAGCCAGCAUCUUUAGCAAAUGCUUCCUAAUAAUGAGACCACCAGCUGUGGCUGCUAGGAUGUGCAGUUUGUAACUUUGCUAAGUGGCCAUUUGGUAAAACCUACGCUUGCAUUCUGUUCUCUCAUGUUUCUGGCUUUGCAGAAGAGCUUUGACUUAGAUGUUUCUCAGGCAUAUCGUUAUCUCUAUGGUCUUGACUGGGGGGGGGAUUUUUUUUUUUUUUGCUGCUCAUUUGUACCACAUCUCAAGUUUUAAUCUUAUGUAAGGAAUUUCUAUUGAAGGUACUUGUGUAUAGAAAAUUGUGAAUUCUCUUCUAAAUGCACUUGAUUAAAUCUAGUUUUAAAAAUAUCUGUAUUCAAAUUAUAUUUCCUGUUGAUGUGAAAAUAAUAAAGUAACUG